GUUAAAGCUAUCACCUUGACCAUGAAGACACUGACUGUGUUUGCACUGGUUUGUGCCAUGACGGCUCUGACUGGAGCUGAUGCUGUUCCAGAGGAAAAGACAGAUAAAGACCAAACAGCUGAUGUUAAUCUGGUCAAGAGGUGGGUCAGAAGAGGAUGCUUCGGGGGUUGGUCUACGUUCAAUGGCCGUUGUUUCCUCUACGUUCCAAGACUCAUGACCUGGGCUAAAGCUGAGAAAAACUGUGUGUCCAUGGGAGGAAACCUUGCGUCCGUUCGCAACAUCAUGGAGUACCACGAGCUUCAGAGGCUGAUUGUGAUCGCCAGUCAUGCGUACAAAGUAACCUGGAUUGGAGGCAGUGAUGCACAAGAGGAAAAACAAUGGUUGUGGAGCGAUGGCACACCUUUCCGCUACUCCAACUGGUGUCGUGGACAGCCUAAUAACCUCGGGGGCAGGCAGAAUUGUUUGCAAAUAAAUCAUGGAGCUCAGAAAUGCUGGGACGACCGUCAGUGCAACUAUGCAAGACCGUCUGUCUGCGCCAAGAAACCCUGAAGAUGCCUGGUCUGACACCAUAACGUACCCGUAAAAAGCCCAAACACUGGGGAGUGUGUUUGUGUUUCUGCCUUUAAAUACAUCUGUCUUUACUCCGUCAGUCUCACAUCUGAGCUGAAGGGUCUCAUUUAAGUUUCAUAUCUUUAUUUCUGUUCUAUCGCUG